GAAAAAGCGUUCCAGAAUGAUUUUGGCAGCUGGACUAGGCGCUAGCAUCGUCUUUAUCCUCAUCUCUACUCAAGAGCAUACAUUAAUUUCAGAAACCCUGAUGACAUCCUUCCUUUUAGAGAGCGUUUUGAUGGUUGUGUCUUCAUGGACAAUAAAGGCCUGGAGUAUCCCGCCGUGGUGGAGUUUGCUCCGUUCCAGAAGACAGCCAAGAAGAAGCUAAGGAAAAAAGAUGCCAAGACUGGAAGCAUUGAAGAUGAUCCAGAAUAUAAGAAGUUUUUAGAGACUUACUCUGUGGAGGAAGAGAAAGCCAGUGCCAGCCCCGAAACUCUUCUGGGAGAGAUAGAGGCAAACACACGAGAACUCAUUGCCAGAAGAACCACACCUCUUUUGGAAUAUAUUAAAAAUAGAAAAUUAGAAAAGCAGAGAAUUCGGGAAGAAAAGCGCGAAGAACGAAGGAGGCGGGAGCUAGAAAAGAAGCGCCUGCGGGAGGAGGAAAAAAGAAAGAGACGAGACGAAGAGAGAUGCAAAAGGAAAGAGGCAGAUAAGCAGAAGAAAACUUCCGAGAAAGAAGUAAGGAUCAAGGUCCUUAAGAAGCCAGAAAAGGGAGAGGAACCAACUACAGAGAAACCUAAAGAAAAAGGAGAGGAAACUGAUAGCGGAGCCAGGCCCUUGGGAAGCUCUCUGGAGCAGCUCAAGGAGAAGCCACUCAACGACAGCGACCAAGAGCGCAGGGACAUGGAAAGGCGAGGGAAAGAACUCAAAGCACAAAGACACCGGGGUGACGGCAGGAAGCACAGAGCCAGUGAACUUGACAGAUUUCCAAGAAGGAAUGAAGAUGAGCUGAAAUGGGGGAAGGGAUCGCUCAGGACCCAGGACGGAGGGGAGAAGGGGAGCCAGGAUGGUAGGAGCCCUGGGGAGGCCUCGGAAAGACCAGGAAGAGAGCAGGAGUAUGAUGAUGGCCCAGCACCCAGGAAGGAGCGACUGGGAAACAAGGGUUUAUUGAGCCCCCAAAGAAAAAUCCACCUGGCAACCUUGAGCCAGAGUGCGCCAGGGACAGCCAUGGGUCUUUUUAAAGGGAGCUGUUCCCGGGACCACUUGGGCUUCAGUGGCCUUUCCAUCUUAGCAGAGGGCACGGUCCAGGUGUUCGACAGCCGCAGUGGGAGGACACAGGUCCCAGGGCCCGGCUGGGCCUGCCCGCCCUUCUCUUGCUGCCAGGCUCGGACCCAGGCAGAUAAGCGAAGCCCCCUGGCGGUCACCUGCGGGGGCUUACACAAGGUGCAGGGGCAGGCGAAGGCGAACUGGCAAGUUCUGGGGAAAGACAGUGGGUGGGUCGUGCCGAUGCGAGUCACCCUCCCAGCCGACCAGCCGGCCUUGCAGCUGUACCCGUCAGGAGCUCGCCUGCGGGCACGGGAGUGUGGCGGAAGACCCUCUGCCGAGGGCCGUGGCAGGAGGAACAGCGAGGCAGAAGAUGCGGCGGGGGCCGUCCCCGAAAAGGGGGAGGAGGCGCCGCGAGGCACUGUGCCCCCGCGUGCGUGAUGUGGUGAGUGCCCACCUAGCCUUCCGUGGCCGAGAAGGGCCUCCCAGAAACGUGUAAAUUAGCUUGAGUAUAAUCUGAAAGGUGAAUCAACCCCAACAAGGAAACUAGUAGCUAGAAAUACAUGGCAUGGUGUAGAAACAUCUGGAAAACAUUCUUAAGAAAGAAUUUAUCUUUUUUUAUAUUGAGCGCUAUUUUCAUAGCUCUUGCCACUUCUAGUACAAACUAGUAUCUUUAUCAUUUAGCCAAAACAGAAAAUGUUUUCCAUCGAAAAAGAGAAAAAUAUGAAUAAAAUAGGGAAUAGAAUUAGUAUGGCUCCAUGUGAAGUCUGAAGCACCCUGAGCAUGUUGUACAAAUAGCACACACUUUGGGCUUUUCACAUCUAUAAGCUGAUGAUCUGUCCGCAUCUGUGUUUCACGUGCUCCUCGCUGGUCUUCUGAGUCGGAGUGUCAAGGAGAGAGCAUUCUUGUCCCAUUGCACCUCUGUGGUCCAGCCUCAUCUGCAGUCUGCUGUGUUCCAGUCCCUCUGGUUGGAAUCUUCACACGCAUAAAACCCAGCAGCUUGAAUUACUGCUCUUUCAACAGUUUGACCAGUGGCUGGGUGACAGUGGUUUCACAGUCUUUGGAUGGAUGUGCUCCUGGUUUACAGCCCUUAUGGCUUAAGGAGAUUUGCCAAGAUAACAGAAGGAUUACUCAGGAAACAGAUGAUCUAGGUACAGUCUUUUUAGGCACUUUAUUCUUAAAUAAUUUACAGUAGCUUUUUGAAACUAUGCAUUCUACAGUGUUUCUUCUUUCAGUGAAAUUUUCUAAUGUUACGUAUUUUUAAACAUUGUAUGGUUUGAAUUAUUUGUUAAGUAAAAUAUCAUUGCUGUGGAUUUUAAGUCUUAAAGUUAUAGUACUUUUCCUACAUAGAAUUUUACAUAAUAAAAUAAUUGCUUAAGAAAAUG